AGUUUAAGUUUCUUUGCUCGUAAAAUAUCAUGCAACAAUUAGUUACACCUGUUCCUCUUAGUGUUUACGAACGAUUAAAAGCGUUGGAGGAUAAAAUAAUGCAACUUGAACGAGAUUAUCCUACCUGGUCAGCUAUACAUUUUAAUCAGCCAAAUCGUCAGUAUUCAACUCCCGUGAUGACAAUGAUGCAGACACCCAUAAAUAAUCCUCCCUCUUCAGUUGUCACGUCUACAUUUUCAGUCACGCCAACGACACAAACCUAUCCAUCGAUUGAUGUGAAACGUACUUCACCCAGCUUGGUAUCAACAAAUCUAUAUAAUUCAAAGAAUCCACGCAUUGCACCACGUCCGAUUAAACCUAAAGGAAGAGGUCGAGGACAAUCUUCAUUGACGCGAUCAGUUAUGGAACAACUGAAAUUAAUUAAUCGUACUGACAAUGAAAAGCAAAAUGAUAAUAAUGGAACAUUUACUCCUAUAUUAACGAAACCUUCAAAUGAGACUUCAAAAUCACAAAUACAAAUACUUCCUCAAUCAACUCCACAAUUGUCAAUACAACAAAGAGCUCCUCAAGUUCAAAUACAACCCCAGUUACGUCCUCAAAUUAUACAACCAUCAGUUAAUAAAUCAAGUGUUACACCAAUUCCUAUAGCACCUAAACCUUCUGUGCAACAACAACAAAAAAAGAUCAUAGCGGAAGAAAUAAUGGCAUCAAAGGUAUCAAUUAUUAGAGAAGAUCGUAGCGCAUCCCCAAUAAUCGAUCCAGGGAGUAAUAAUGAAACUGUUUCUAAGGAAGACAAUAUGAUGGAAAUGGACGUAGAAUCCAAUGAAGUGAAAAAAUCUCACGAUAUAUCAGGUGAAGAUGAAAGUUCUAUAGUUAUUGAAAAUGAUGAUCUAAGUACGAAUAGUACAAAUACAGAAAUUACGCUGAUUAAUGGCAAUGUUACAAAUGAUAUAAAUGGUACUGAUGCUACCGAUCUUGUUUCGAACACUAAUGAAAAUAAAGAACUUGAACAAAUUAAAAACUAAAAAAACUAUUUAUAAUUAAUUACAUGUAAUAAAUCAAAUAAUUUUUGU